UUGAGCGAUCAACACUUGGCUAAGAAGUACCAGGUUGCCUUGCCCUGCGGAUAAGUCUGUUCUCUCUGUGAAUAAAUAGUACUUUCUUUUCGUCUGCCGGAAGUGUUACAAAAGGGAUAGUAAAGUGAAGAGGAGAUAUCUACCCCCGAUCCAUCAUGAAAUUCCAAUUAAUUGCGCUCGUUUGCAGCGCCCUCGCUUUGGCCGAGGCCCAAAACUAUCCCCAGCGACUGAGUAUUCCCGGAGCGGUGGCUUCACCUGGUCCACUGCCCCACCGGCAGCCUGUAUUGCGAGUGCGUCGUCCAGGAGCUUCCCUGCGUCAGCAAAAUGCUAUCCUGCCCGCAGUAACGCAACGCGUAGUUCUUGAAGAGCCACGUCCUGUAACGGAGUCGGCGGAGGACGAACAACCCGAGCCAUAUCUGCCAAAUCUUUUGCGGGAGCAGCAGCUUGCACAGUCCCAGCAAUCGCAAUUCCAACAGGCAGCUGCCGCCUUCCUGGCAGGCCAGCAACCCGUUGAGCAGCCCUCGCCAGUUCAGCAGUUCCUCCAGACCGAAGACUCUCAACCAGCUGCCAUCUUGCCAGCUCCUGCACGCUUCCCAGCCGAACGUCCCUCAAUUCCAAGUCCUUUGAACCGUCCCGCCGCCUUCAACGACUUUGGCAUCGGCCGGUUUGAGAACUCGCAGAGAUUCGGCUUGGAGCGACCAACACCUACAGCAGCAGCGCCACCACCACCUCCACCACAGCCCCAGCGAGUGGCUGUGAUCCGAACGAGACCAGCAACUGCCGCUGUCCUGCGCCCUGAGCCACCAGCACCACAACCCGUGGCCAGGCCCAGACCUAAGCCCGUACAACCACGUCCCAUCAUCGACCAGAAUCAACUGCAAGACGAUCGCGUUGACCAGCAGCAGCAGCGUCGGCGGCAACCCGUUUCCCAGACCAUUCGCAAGUGGCGCGAGGAGAACGAAGAUGGCAGCAUCACCUGGGGAUACGAGAACGACGAUGGCUCCUUCAAGGAGGAGUUGAUCGGCACCGAUUGCAUCACCAAGGGCACCUAUGGCUACGUUGAUCCAGAUGGCAACAAACGAGAGUACCACUACGAGACGGGCAUCAAAUGCGAUCCCAACAACCGCAAUAACGAGGAUGAACUGCAGGAGAAUGGUUUCAUCAACUAUGAAGAGAACCGCGCAGUCCUGCCCAACGGCCUGGAAAUCGAUAUGACGCAGUUGGGCAAGAAGAAGUCGAAGCGCCCGAAUGGCAUCUACAGGAACUGAUACUCCCCAGCACAUAUAGUCCCAUAAGUCAAUCAGCUCAUAAGUCUUCUUACUUGUAUUCCACUUAUAAUUAUUUCCAUACUCCAUUGAGUGUCAAGUGAAAGAUUAAAAAUGAUUAGAAUAGA